GCGGGAAAAAAACUUAUUUUGCAGCAAUGGCGGACUCCAUUUGGUCCGGCUAGGCCGUUUUGCGCAAUGAAUUUUCCUACUUAAUAUCCUUCCUCACUGCCAGUUUUUUUUUUGGCAAACCUCGCUGCCAGUUAUCAUUUCAAAAGAAAAUGGUCGACUCUCAGUCCAAUUCAAAGAUUUUCAGCGUUCGGAUCGUGUCGAUGGACUACUACAUGGCGCCUCCUAUCCCCGGCCUAGACAUUUGCUACAGCAGUUUCCACGGUGGGAAAGUGAACGAGGUACCUGUUAUACGAGUCUAUGGGUCAACUCCGGCUGGUCAAAAGGCUUGCUUGCAUAUUCAUGGAACUCUGCCUUAUUUCUAUGUUCCAUGCUCAGAUCUCUUCCUUCAAUCAGAUAAAAGAGAUUUUGCAGGUCAAGAAUGCACAAAUAACAUAUCCCACGCUCUUGACGAGGCACUGAAGCUUAAAGGCAGUAUGGCCUCAAAUCGUCAGCAUGUGCACUGUUGCAGUCUAGUCAGGGCAAACAAGUUAUAUGGUUAUCAUUCUUCAGAGGAGCUAUUUGUGAAAAUUUAUCUCUACUAUCCACAGGAUGUCUCCCGCGCUGCUAAUCUUCUUAGGGGUGGAGCUGUGCUUGACAAGGUUUUACAGCCCCAUGAAUCACAUAUACCAUUCCUUCUCCAAUUCUUGGUUGAUUAUAACUUGUAUGGGAUGGGUCAUCUACACGUUUCAAAGAUGAAAUUCCGCAACCCAGUGCCAGAGGCUUUUUCUCCAAAGAAUGCGAAGUACAAGGACCUAAAGAGAGAUAGCAUGGAUAUCCCUGCCUAUAGUUCUGCAAAUUUUAAGGGAGAUCCAAAUUGUCAUUCAUGUUUGGAUUCACCAAUUUGGAUAUCAUCCACUAUUCCUGAUGGUUGGAUUUGGUCAUAUUCUAGUCAAGAUUAUACUUCAACUGAUCAAGUUCUUCCUGCCAUAAAUCGUUCAAGUACUUCUGAACUUGAAGGGGAUGCUUUCAUUGAUGCAAUCCUCAAUCAACAGUUUCUGUCAUACACGUCCCUCUCGCAGACAUGUUCUGAAGUAAAAAUGAUUCAAUCACUAAUACCAAUCUGGGAGGAGUUUGGUUACAAUGGGAUGCAUGGGCACACCAUACCUCCUGGUCAUGGGAAGCCACUUCCCAAGGAUGUUUUGAAGAUACUUUGCAAUGGACUGAGUUUUGAAUACAUUCUUCCGGAUCCUGAUGAUGUAAAAACUACUAGUUUUUAUUCACAAUCAACAAAUCCAUCCACAUACGAGGGUGAUGAUAUUGGGAAAUGUAAUGACAAGAUGAAUGCAUAUCCCUGUCAACUCUCAGCUGAACGAUUGGAAGUUUCUGAAAAUGUUCAAUCAACUUCCGGUGUGAAGACAUCAGAUCAAGAUGAUUUGGUACUUCUAAAUUGGCUUGCAUCUUCUCAAGCUGCUGAAGAUAUAAACUCAGAUGAUGACCUUGCCCGUGAGACCAUUUUGAGUCCCUUAAUGCCUGCAGCAACCAUAGAUAAGGUAUUAGAGAAAGCUCAUGUGGAUUAUGAGAAUGAAUCCCAACAAGAGUGUGAGGACAUUCUUGAUACUCUACUGGAUAGAGGUAACAUCAAAGGCUUAGAUGGGACAACGGCCUGUUUGAUCGGUUCUAAUUAUUCAUGCAAGGCUUCUUCAAGCAGAAUAAUACCUCAAGUGGAUGAGUCAUCAGGUUGUUUUGAUGCUGUUUCAUGUGCCAACAAGUCAUCAGGAACAUACCGUGAAUGUGGGACCUCUUCAGAAACUGAGUCAUUAGAAGAUGCUCAUUUAGGUAAGUUCAGUAAUCACAAAAGGAGAAGACAGAUUUGGGGCCCUUUACCUGUGUCAUCUGUCCAGCAAGUGAAUGAGCUUUCACCUACUGCUGCAGUUAGCCGAUGCCACAUAAAAGAUGGUUCUGGUCUGCCUUGCAAGGAAGACUGUGGAAUAAACCCAGGUACAGUAAAGGAGGGAUCAAACAGAGAGACGAUAGUUAAGCGCUCUAUGCGGGAUCUGAUGAGGAAGAAACGUUACUAUCGUACUGAACCAACUGAAUGCAUGAGUGAGAUGAAAAAAUCUCCAUCUGUAAAGGAAGACAGAGAAGAACCAUGGUUUUGUAUUGAAAAGACACUCGAAGAGGAAAACAAAGCACCCUUGGCUUACUCCAUGGAUAUGUACUCAGUUGGUACGCAGCAGAGAGGAUGCGAUGACACUAGCCCAUGUCCUACAUAUCAGAUGCAGUUUGAGCCUUAUGAUGCCAAUGCUAGCAAACUUGCAAAUAUUAAUUUGCCUAUGCGCUCCAGCAUUUGCAACACUUUUCAAAGAGACUCAUCAAGUUUUAAACUAUGUCAUUCUUUAUCAGGAAGUGAUGCUCACACUGUCAGGGAAGCUAGUGUCCCUUUGCAGAAGCCGUUGCACAGCAAACCUGAUCAAUCAGAGCAAUAUUGUUACGGUAUGAGCUCUUUGGGUGCAGUUCAGAUGGAGCAAUGCACAUCUAGAGACUGUGAAAGUAAAGACUCUAGUGACUGUGAAAGUAAAGACAUCUGUAUUAACAAUACCAAAUCUUUACCCUCUGAUAGUGUUCCUUCUGAGUUUGUACCCUAUGCUCAAGCAUCAAAAUUGUCAAGUGAAAAUAAAUUUUCUGAUGGCAAGAAAAUGCUUUUAAGAGAUGCAGUUGAGCCCAACAGCCAUCUAUUUUCAAUGGGAGACAUAUCCUUUAAAGAUCGAGCUCUAACUUAUAUAGAAAUAAAUCAUCCACUAAGUACUGAUAAGACUAGUUUUACUGUGAACAAAAUGCAAAGAGUUUCAACUGAGAAUUGUGAGGUCAUGCCAUCUACAACUGGAGUUCUUCAAUCUGACACUCUAUUAAGUGGGUGCCAUGGAAAAAAUACUGACUAUUCGCCUCAUAAUACUGCAUUGGCCAUAUCUAUAACCACAUCAAGACCUACUCCUGCCGAAACUAUGCAUUUGACCUAUCGGGAGCCCCUUGUUGGAGACUGCAAAUAUGAACUUGGUUCAUGUACUCAAUCAACACUUGGUAUCCCUCAGUUCGAUGAUGCAAUAUCUGCACAGGGUAGAGUUUCAGAUGAACUCCUUCCUUUCUUUGGUAGAGAUUGCCAGGUAGGAGAUGUCAACACUUCCAGAACAUUGGACCAUAACCAUUGUGGACCAGGUCUAAAUGGUGGAGCUUUUCACCUUCAAAGUGAUGGUUCCUAUCUGUUCAUGCUGACCCCUGCCUUCACACCACCACUAACUGAAAGUGUUGAGAAAUGGAUAAAACUUGAUUCUGGAAAUGCUUCCGGCAAGAAUAAAGAUAUAUGCUUAACUUCCUCACCAUCAAUCAAGGGAUCCUCUUGUCAGGUAGUGACCAAGCAGAAUUCUCAGGCCUUGAGUGGUAGUCAGCGUCUGAUAGAAUAUGUGCCUGUGUCAGCUCCGGUAAAUCAGAAAAAUAAAGCAAGUAGUGUUGAAAUGGAGUUUUUUCACGGUGAUAGUAAAACAACGAAGCAGAGCGAGGAUCCUUUGAACUGCAAUCAAUCCAAUGAUUUGUCUGAAGAUCUAUCUCAGAUAUCAGGUCCUGAUAGAAAAUCAAAGCUUACACCUCUGAGUCAAAUUGGAUUCCGUGAUUCAGCAAGUAUCGGUUGUGAGCAGCAGCUAACAUUAUUGAGCAUAGAAGUUCAAGCAGAAUCAAGGGGUGAUCUAAGACCUGACCCUCGAUUUGAUGCCAUCAGGAUCAUAGUUCUUGUUAUUCAUGAAGAUGAUGAGCCUGUGGGUGAUGCUUAUGUGCUCCUGCACUGUAAUGGUUCAUCUGUUCCAAGAAAUCUGGAUGCAUUAUCUGGAUGCAAGGUUUGGGGUUUCUGUGAAGAGAAGCAUUUAUUUAGGAAGUUUGUGAAUAUUUUUUCUACAAUUGAUCCAGAUGUCUUGAUGGGCUGGGAUAUUCAGGGUGGUUCGCUUGGUUUUCUUGCAGAAAGAGCAGCACAUCUUGGCAUUGAUUUGCUAAGAAAAAUAUCUCGUACACUGUCAGAGACCCAUGCACCUUCUAAAGACAACGAGGAAGAAAAACCAAGCGACCUUUUCUUUGAAUCUGUCAUUGAGGAUCCUGUGCUUUCUGAAGAUGUGAAGAUAAUAGAUGAUGAAUGGGGCAGAACACAUUCCAGUGGUAUCCAUGUUGGUGGUAGAAUCGUUCUUAACAUUUGGCGUUUAAUGCGUGGUGAAGUGAAGCUUAGUAUGUAUACCAUGGAGUAUGUGGCCGAAGCAGUGUUGAGACGUAAAAUUCCUUCCAUCCCUUGCAAGGUGUUGACAAAUUGGUUUUUAAGUGGUCCUGGGCGUGCACGGUUUAGAUGCAUAGAAUAUAUUUUGGAGAGAGCAAAGUUGAAUCUUCAGAUUAUAACCCAACUGGAUAUGAUAAACCGGACAUCAGAACUUGCACGAAUCUUUGGGAUUGACUUUUUUUCAGUUCUCUCACGGGGGUCACAAUACAGGGUGGAAUCUAUGUUACUGAGGUUGGCUCAUUCACAAAACUAUGUUGCAAUAUCUCCUGGUAGCCAACAAGUUGCUUUGCAGCCUGCAAUGGAAUGUCUGCCUCUUGUCAUGGAACCAAAAUCUGGAUUUUAUGCGGAUCCUGUUAUUGUUCUUGACUUUCAAUCACUUUAUCCAUCAAUGAUAAUUGCAUAUAAUCUCUGUUACAGUACAUGUCUUGGAAAAAUCACUUGUUCAAAGACCAACAAUAUCCUUGGUGUUAGUUCAUAUUCACCGGGUAGAAAUAUUUUGCAGACAUUAAAAGAUAAAAUACUUCUAACGCCAAAUGGAGUUAUGUUUGUCCCCUCUGACGUUCGUAAAGGAGUUCUUCCAUGCAUGUUGGAAGAGCUGUUGUCAACUAGGAUUAUGGUCAAACAAGCCAUGAAGAAGUUAGCUGUUUCCCAAAAGGUACUUCACCGGAUACUCAAUGCGAGACAAAUUGCAUUGAAACUAAUAUCAAAUGUGACAUAUGGCUAUACAGCUGCUGGAUUUAGUGGACGAAUGCCUUGUGCUGAGCUGGCUGAUAGUAUAGUUCAAUGUGGGCGCAGAACACUGGAAACUGCAAUUUCAUUCGUAAACACAAACGAAAAAUGGAACGCUGAAGUUAUUUAUGGUGAUACUGACAGUAUGUUUGUGCUUCUCAAAGGGCGUUCUGUUAGUGAUGCUUUUCGUAUUGGUCAUGAAAUUGCUUCUGAAGUUUCGGCCUUAAGUCCUCAUCCAGUCACUUUAAAAAUGGAAAAGGUGUAUCAUCCGUGCUUUCUCAUAACCAAGAAACGAUAUGUUGGCUAUAGUUAUGAGAGUCCUGGCCAAAGCAAACCAGUAUUUGAUGCCAAAGGUAUUGAGACUGUUAGAAGAGAUUCAUGUGAAGCCGUGUGCAAAACAAUGGAACAAUCUCUCAGACUCUUUUUUGAGCAUCAUGACAUUAAGAAGGUUAGAUCAUACUUGCUUCGUCAAUGGACCAGGAUCAUAUCUGGCAGAGUUGAUCUGCGGGAUUUUAUUUUUGCGAAGGAGGUACGCUUAGGCACUUACAGUGUACGAUCUUCCUCACUUCCUCCUGCGGCAAUUGUUGCAACUAAAGCAAUGAGAAAAGAUCCUAGGGCAGAACCACGGUAUGCUGAGCGAGUUCCAUAUAUUGUGGUCCAUGGUGAACCUGGUGCUCGGCUUGCUGAUGUCGUAGUGGAUCCUUUAGACCUUCUAGCCAUUGAAUCACCUUACAGAAUAAAUGACUUAUACUACAUCAAGAAACAAAUCAUCCCAGCUUUGCAGCGAGUCUUUGGUCUUGUUGGAGCUGACUUGAACCAAUGGUUUCAAGGGAUGCCUCGACCAGAGCGGACAGCGAUUGGGAAACGUGGUGUUUAUGCUCCGAAUGUUCAACGAACGAGAAUUGAUUAUUACUACCUUUCAAAACAUUGUAUCUUGUGUGGUGAGUUGGUUCAGGGUCUGGCUUUUCUCUGCCAUAGCUGUUCUAAGAAUGAAUCUAGUGUUGCUGUAGCUUUGACGGGAAUGACCUCCAAACUGGAGAGAGACAUGCAUUGCCUUUUCGCUAUAUGCCGGCAUUGUGGAGGGGGAGAUUGGGUUAUUGAAAGCGGUGUGAAAUGCACAUCUCUGGCAUGCUCCAUUUUCUAUGAGAGGAGGAAGACAAUGAAAGAGCUGCAAUCUCUUUCUGCAGCAGCAGCUGAGGCUGGCUUCCAUCCUGGUUGCAUGGUGGAGUGGUUCUGACUUCUAGGAUAUUCACAAGUAUGCAGCAACAAAACAUAGGGUUUAUGUUAUGCACAGUUGUAAAUAAUAAGAAUAAUAGUAAUAGUAAUAACAUUUAGCGUUGAACCAAUGUUCUAAAAGGCGUAACACGUGCCAAGGCGGCAGGACCGAGCCUCGAGCCUUAAAAGUGUAGGCGAGUUUAUGUGUCGCCUAGGCAUGAAGAGGCGUUUUGGGUUUUUAGUAAUUUUUUAAAAUUUCCUAGAACUCUUUGUAUGUAUGUUAAUGUAAAUAGAGAAAAAAGUCAUGCAAAAACAUUAUAUGUUUCAUUUUUUUAACAAAAUAUACUUGUAGAUUUCUCAAAAGUUUAAAGUGCAGAUGCAAGUACUCUGGUUCCUACAAAAAAAGAUUGGGAAAAUUAGUUGAAUGAUACUAUCUAUAACAAAAACCAAUAACAAUAACAAUAAUUAGUAGUAAUUAAGGGAGCUGUUUUGAAUGGUGU